AAUCUUUUGUAGGAGCAUUGGAAGACUUGUUGGGAGACUCAUUUUUUUUUUUUGCAGUCGAGGUUGCAAAAAGUUAAGCGAUUAGCUCAAGGUGAGCCUUCGCGGCCAAAAGUCUCACACAAGCAGUUGAAGUCUAUAAUGAGUUAGCUCUGUGCUCGCUGUAAAUCUCAUUCACUUGUGAACGAUUGCUCCGUAUCUUGAUUUGUAAAUCCAUGAGUUCCGAAUUUGACCACCUCUUCAAGCUGUUGUUGGUCGGAGAUAGCGGAGUCGGUAAAAGUUGCAUACUUUUGCGUUUCGUUGACAAUGUCUUUCCAGAAAACUAUAUUAGCACCAUUGGAGUCGACUUUAAAAUAAAAACACUUGAGGUCGACGGAAAAAUUGUCAAGUUACAAAUCUGGGACACUGCUGGACAGGAAAGGUUCCGAACUAUUACCAGCAGUUACUAUAGAAGUGCUCAUGGAAUCAUUAUAGUUUAUGAUAUCACGAAUCAAGACUCCUUCAGCAACAUCAGGCACUGGCUGGCAGAGACGGACCGAUGCGCAUCUAAGGGAAUAAGCAAGCUUAUUGUAGGAAAUAAGUCAGACUUGACUACGAGAAGAGUGGUUACUCAGGAGGCUGGCAAGGAGUUUGCUGAUCAGCUUGGAAUUCCCUUCAUUGAAACGAGUGCUAGAGAGUCAGUCAACAUAGAGACGUCCUUUUUCAUAUUGGCCAAGUCGCUCAAGGACUCAAUGACUCCAAAGGAGGCAGCGCAGAGUGCAGAGGCAGGAGACGAGGUAAACUUGACCGGGACUCGAGUCAACACGUCGCAGUCGGCGUUCCGAUGUUGUUCGACGUAGUGCCAUUGAGCAUGUGUCGCCCGAACCACGAUUUCGGCGUUUAUACGUCACAAUUACGGACCGCUGUCACUCUUCGAGUAAAAAAAAAUUAUUUUUUUGUUU